CUCCUUCGUCUCUCUUCCAAUCCAAACCAGUCUACUUUGAUAGAGAGAUUCUUACAUGGUCUCGCCCUGUUGAUGAUGAGAGCCCCCGGCGGAUGGCGUCGUUUCCUUAUCCUUCUUCCUAUUCUAUGCUUUCUUCCUUAUUUUUUCUCUGUUAGGGAAUUGCAUCAAAGCACUACCAUUGGAGAUCUGCCCACCAAAAGGACCAAGUUUGAUCAUUUGGUUCUUGGACCCGCUGCCGGUCAAGGCUUGCCCAAUCGCUUGCAAUGCCAAGGCUCUAAAGCUCUGAACAAGACCAAGUUUUCAACCUCCUCCCAAGUACCCAACUUUGGAGAGAAGAUAGAAUUUGUCACUGUCUUUACCAUUUAUAAUUCCACCAUUAGCGUGCGUGCAGAUGAGAAAGCAUCAAACUUGGUUACUGUUGGGAAUGUUUCAUAUAGUAAAGAGGAGAGGUCCAUGGCCAUUUUGAAUACUUUUGUUAACUUUAUUCAGGUGACAAUGCCUCAGAGCAAUCUAGUUAUUCUCACUGAUCCAGCAUCUGAUUUUUCAAUAAGCAGAAAUGGGGUCACUGUAUAUCCAAUCCAAGGUGAAUAUUCGCGAGACAAGUUGAUGCUUCAAAGAAUCAGGUCUUACAUUGCCUUCUUGGAAACAAGACUCCGGGAGGUUUCUCGGAGACCAGAACAUGUUAACCACUACAUUUUUACUGAUUCAGAUAUAGCUGUGGUGGAUGAUUUAGGGCACAUAUUUCAUGACUUUCCAAAUUUUCAUCUGGCUCUUACCUUCAGAAACAACAAGGAUCAGCCUUUGAAUUCAGGAUUCAUUGCAGUUAGGGGGACUGUUGAUGGAAUUUCAAGGGCAAAGAAUUUUUUACAGAAAGUGCUUGAAGUUUACAAAUCAAAAUACAUAAAUGCUUCUCGUAUGCUUGGAGAUCAAUUAGCUCUUGCAUGGGUUGUGAAAUCACAUCCUUCUUUUGACAUACGAAGAUUUUCGAAAGCCCAAGCUUUCGUUGAGGAUGUUGGGGGCGCUUCGGUAUUGUUUUUACCUUGUGCUAUAUACAAUUGGACACCACCAGAAGGUGCAGGCCAAUUUCAUGGCAUGCCUUUAGAUGUAAAGGUUGUUCAUUUUAAAGGUUCAAGGAAGCGCCUGAUGCUCGAGUCUUGGAAUUUCUUCAGCUCUUCAUCUGACAUAUCAGAUAUGUUGUGCCUUGUUUUGAUGAGUGGAAGAACGAAAUAUGAUUUUUGAAUAACUCUCUUUCACUAUUUGAUUGUCCCAAUAUAGAUUUGAUGAGAUAAAUUUUGUCUGCAUUUUUUUAGUAGAUAAGUUGUGGCAAUAGGCGCAUGAUUUGGUAACAUUCCAAUUUGUCUACUAUUAGUCGAUAAAAUUAUUUCUUUCGCUUCUGAAUUCCAAACAAUUCGAUUUGGGGUCAGUACACAAAGAUUUAAGGUCAUUUCUUUAAUUUGUUC